AAUCAAAAUAUAAAAAUAUUGUGUUCCCAUUCUUAAACUGGAACGAUUACGGAUUAUUUUUAAUUCGUCUCCAUGUUCCGGAUUGCCUGAUCACCGCCCCUCUUUGGAAAUUGGAAGCGCGAGACUGGGAAGCAAGAGAAACCCUCGUUCAAAGCAAAAGGGAUCAUCGGAGUCUAGGAGCAGUGAGCUUGAGUAUUUGUAGGGGUUGUGGCAACGGUGGCCCCCAAAGAGAGAGACAGAGAGAGAUGGGAAAUCCGAAACAAAAGUGGACAUCGGAGGAAGAAGAAGCAUUACGGGCCGGAGUGGCCAAGCACGGCACCGGCAAAUGGAAGGACAUCCAGAGAGACCCUGAGUUCAAUACCGUCCUCUUCUCUCGCACCAACAUUGAUCUCAAGGAUAAAUGGCGGAAUAUGAGUGUUAGUGCUGGCCAGGGCCCCAGGGAAAAAUCACGGACACCAAAAACAAAACCUAACCCUGAUGCUCCCGCCACUCCAUUGGCCAUUUUACAGACCUCAACUGCUGCUCCAGUUGCAAAUAUUGCAACAACUGAUCCAAAUAUGGAUGAUUCUUCAAAAAGCUUAAUGGAUGGGAAAAAUGCUUCAAGGUACAAUGCAAUGAUCUUUGAAGCACUUUCAACCUUGAAAGAACCAGAUGGACUGGAUACCGGUAAAAUUGUUAGCUUUAUUGAGAAAAGGCACGAGGUUCCACAAAAUUUUAGGAGGCUAUUAAGUACAAGGUUGAGAAGGCUGGUUGCACAGGACAAACUUGAAAAGGUCCAAAACUGCUACAAGAUGAAAAAUGAUGCCUCAUCUGAGACACCUACCCAAAAACAGGACAUCCAAUGUAAGCAAUUGCAGAGCAUUGAUGAUGUGCUUACGGAAGAUACAAUAAAGGAAAUAGCAGAGGCUGCUGCUUACAAGAUUGCUGAAGCAGAAAACAAAUUAUUUGUAGCAGCUGAAGCAAUUAAGGAGGCAGAGAGAAUUUCAAAGAUGGCUGAAGACACGGAUUCACUUUUACAGUUGGCAAAAGAGAUUUUUGAGAAAUGUUCACAAGGUCAAAUGGUGUUUAUGGCUUAGGAAUAUGAUUCAUCUUAAUGAAAUUGGAUGAAUGACACCUCUGAUUAGCAUUUGUAAAUUUAAGUUUAUUUUCUUUCCAUCCACAUUUACUCCCAGGUGUAGUCGAACUAGUUUGUUUUAUUGGUUGCGAAAUAAUGUAUCUUGGAUUCUUCU